AUGCUGCCAUGUGUCGCUGACCUCAUUACGCACCUCCGCACUAGUGACACCCGCUACCGUGCUGCGCUUCCUGCUGAGUUCCGCACCCAGAACCCCCCCCCCAUGUAUAUCACCCUCUACUACCUAGUCACCCGGCUCCCUGACUCCCUUCGCUCGGUCAGGGACCACUUCCUUGCUGUCUGCCCUACCACUCUCACCGUUGACCUCCUCGAGAAGGAGCUCCUUGCAGCUGAGCAGAGCAUAGUCGCUGUAGGAGCCUCUCGAGCGGGAGGCGCCGCAACAGCAAGGGUAAGGGGGGCAAGGGAGCUGGAGGAGCUGGCGGGGGUGGUGGUGGUGGCGGUGGAGGCGGCGGAGGGGGUGGGGGUGGAGGUGGGAGUGGUGGCGGAGGUGGGGGCUCUAGUGGCAACGCUGGAGGCGGAAGCAGCGGCAGCGGCGGCGGUGGGAGUGGAGGAGGUGGCGGUGGCGGCGGUGGCGACGGUGGCAGCGGUGGAGGCCGUGGUGGCGGUGGCGGCGGUGGAGGCGGUGGCGGCGGUCGGAGUGGCUCUACGCAGCGAGGAGGCUUCGGUGGUGGUUAGCGUCAGCAGCAGCAGCGCUCUCGUGAGGCCCCGCCACCCCAGCAGCUUCACCAGUGGUACACUGGGCGUCAGCGGCCUGGGGCGCUGCUUCAACCGCCUGACAGAUGCCUGGCGUCUCCGGUUCCCUGACGCCACUGAGCUCCCUCGCUGGCAUGAUCUGCUUAGGUCGGGAGUUGCUAUCUUUGAUCUUGACUAUGAUGCUAUCCUUGCUGCCAUGUAUGUUAUGUCUACUAGUGAUGACGGUGACUGUUACCUGAGUGUUCCGCCCGACCCAGGCGGUGCAGCUGCUACUCUAGGCGCCAGUGAGUCUGCUGCUCUAGGUGCUAGUGAGUCUGCUGCCCCAGGUGCUAGUGAGUCUGCUGCCCCAGGUGCUGGUGAGUCUGCUCUCUCAGGUACCACGUCCGCUCAGGCGUUGCACACUUUCACCCUUGACUCGGGUGCUUCCCGCUCCUUCUUUCGAGACCGCACCACACUCACGCCGCUCAGUCGGCCAGUUCCGGUCUCCCUGGCGGACCCCUCUGGGGGUCCUGUCCUUGCCCACUACUCCACUGUCCUACCGUGUCCAGCGGUCCCGUCUGGCUCCCUGUCGGGUCUUUACCUCCCCUCGUUCUCUACGAACUUGGUGGCGGGUGCUGACCUACAGGAUGGGGGGGUUGACCAGUUCACCCCUGCACGUCAGCGGGUGACCCACUGCACGUGUGCGGACACAGGCCGACACUUGGCCACGUUUACCCGUCGGCCGGGGUCGAGCCUGUACACCCUGACUACCGAGUCUCCUCCGGUUGCUGUGCCUGGUCAGGUAGCUGCGUCGGGUCAGGUGUUUGCUGCAGCGUCUCGGUCUGGUCCUGAGUCUGCCCCCUGCUCGUGUCGCCUCCUGUCCCACCAGACUCUUCUCUGGCACCACCACCGUCUUGGUCACCCCUCCCUGCCUCGUCUCCGAGGCAUGGCCUCUCGUGUCCUGGUCUCUGGUCUCCCCCGGUCUCUCCCUCCCCUCCCUCCGGGGCCUGCCCCUACCUGCGUUCCCUGCGUCGAGGGGCGGCAGCACGCCGCUCCUCACUCCUCCGAGUUUCCGCCGACAGAGGCUCCGCUGCAGACUCUUCACAUGGACGUGUGGGGCCCAGCCCGCGUCCAUGGACAGGGUCACGAGCGCUACUUCCUGCUGGUGGUUGACGACUACUCGCGUUACACCUCAGUCUUCCCCUUGCGCCGCAAGGAUGAGGUCACUGAGGUGUUGAUCGACUGGAUCCGCGCUGCUCGUCUCCAGCUCAGGAAGAGUUUCGGCUCGGACUUUCCUGUUCUGCGUCUGCACUCCGACAGAGGUGGGGAGUUUUCCUCCGGCCCUCUGCGAGCCUUCUGUCGUGCGAGGGGCAUCCGCCAGACGUUCACGCUUCCGGCCUCUCCGCAGCAAAAUGGGAUUGCUGAGCGCCGCAUUGGCAUGGUCAUGGAUGUCGCUCGUACGUCCAUGAUCCAUGCGGCUGCUCCCCAUUUUCUGUGGCCAUUUGCGGUUCAGUACGCGGCGCAUCAGAUCAACCUUCAGCCCCGGGUCUCCAUGCCGGAGACCUCCCCCACUCUGCUGUAG